GUGACACGACACUCACACAGACACUCACAUGCGGCCGCCGACCUCCGGCACUCAGCAGUCGCAGAUCCCCAAAGGCCGCCAAAAAGAAGCCAAACCACCCACCGAGCUCCGCCGCCCGCCGGCCGGCCUCGCUCCCGAUGGCCGCCGCCUCCGCCUCCCUCUCCCACCUCCUCCUAGCGCCCAGACGCAGAACGCCUCCAAACCCCUCGCAUCACCCCUCCCGCCCCAUCACCACCGCGCUGCCCCGCCGCAGUCGCCCCGCCCCCGCGAUCUCGGCCGCGGCAUCCGACCUCCUCUCCCCCGCGCCCUCCCUCAAGUCCCGCCUCGCCGCCGGGGACACCCUCUACGGCCUCUUCCUCCUCUCCUUCUCGCCCACUCUCGCCGAGCUCGCCGCCCUCGCUGGCUACGACUACGUCGUCGUCGACAUGGAGCACGGGCCGGGCGGGAUCCCCGAGGCCCUCGCCUGCCUCCGCGCGCUCGACGCCGCGCGGACCCCCGCCGUGCUCCGCCUCCCGGAGGCCAGCGCCGUGUGGGCCAAGAAGGCGCUCGACCUCGGCCCCGCGGGGCUCAUGCUCCCCGCCGUCGAGUCCCCCGCCGCCGCCGCAGAGGCGGUCUCGCACUGCCGCUACCCUCCGCGCGGCGUCCGCGGCGCCGCGCACCCCAUCAUCCGCGCCUCCGCCUACGGCCUCGACGACUCCUACCUCUCCCGCUGCGAGGACGACACGCUCAUCAUCUGCCAGGUCGAAACCGCCGCCGGGAUCGCGGAGGUCGACGCCAUCGCCGCUGUCGACGGCGUGGACGUCGUGCAGAUGGGCCCGCUCGACCUGUCGGCCAGCAUGGGGUACCUGUGGGACCCCGGGAACAGGAAGGUGCGGGCGGCGCUGAGGGAGGCCGAGAGGAAGGUGCUAGAGGCCAGGAAGAAGAAGGUGGCGGCGGCUGCGGCUGGCAAUGCUGCUUACUUGGGCGGGUUUGCAAUGCAGAAUGACCCGCCUGAGCAGCUCAAGCUCAGGGGUUACCAUAUGGUGGCUGGCGCUGUGGACAUUGGGAUGUUCCGGAAGGCGGCAUUGGAUGAUGUCAAGCGGUUCCGGGAGGCAGUGAUGGAGAUCGGCGAGGAGGGUGAUGAGGAGGAAGAGAAGGAAGAGAAGGAAAAUGACGGGUACUGGAGUGAGUGAGCAGAACAAAGCUGAGCUGAAGCAUGGCAGGGAAAUGGUUAUGGUGUUGGGCAUGGCAGCUGAAGCAUGGCAGGGAGCCUCGGCAUCUCCGGAUUUAGUUGCAGUUUUCUUUAGUUCUUCAUUUGAAUUUCAGGCGAACAGUCUCUUUGGGCAUCCUAGUAUUCCCAUUUGUAGGAUGGAACUUGGAACUGGUGGCUACCAAUAAACAGCUGAAUUUUGCACAAAUACUGUUGCC